AUGAGCACCUUCAUCCCACGACAUGCGCAAUCUUUCUACAUUGCGCUGCGCGCAUUAAACGUCUCUCUCUCCAUGAUCCCCGAAACCACCUCUUCUCCUACAAUAGGACUGAUGCGACUCCAAUUCUGGCGCGACUCGGUUACAAAGAUCCUUGCCGGCACGCCACCAAAAGAACCCAUUGCUAUCUUGCUCGCAUCUGCCAUCUCCGAGCUCCACGAGCGCACGCAGGGCCGCGCGCGGAUAAGCAAAAAUUGGCUAACACGUCUUAUUAACUCGCGGGAGCAAACCCUUACAAACGACCCAUACCCAAAUAUCGCGGCGCUCGAGUCCUACGCUGAGAAUACGUACUCAACGCUCAUGUACCUCACUCUCUCGGCAUUGCCCAUGGCUUCGGUCACUGCAGACCACGUUGCGUCACAUAUCGGAAAGGCAGUGGGGAUUGCGGCCGUGUUGCGUGGACUGCCGCUUGUUGCGUUUCCUGCGCCGUCUGCCCAAGCACCUCCUGGCGGGGCUGCGGGUUCUGCGAUAGGAGGGGGUGCGAAGCAGGGAGCUGUGAUGUUGCCUCUAGAUGUUAUGGCACAGGCUGGUGUUCGGGAAGAGGAUGUCCUCCGGUAUGGAGCCCAAGCUGAGGGUCUCCGGGAUGCAGUCUUCACUGUUGCGACCCGGGCGAGUGAUCACUUGAUUACUGUGCAGCAGAUGUUGAGCAACCUUCGGGCCGGUGAGGAUGUCGGUCAUGACUUUGAGCAUGAAGGGGAAGAGGGCCAUGAAUAUGACAUUUCCCCUGGUGUUCGGAGUGGCGAGUCGCCGCUCGAUGAGGUCAACAGGGCAUUUGGCGUUUUCCUGCCGGCAGUUGGCACACGCCUGUGGUUGGAUCGCCUUGAGAAGCACGACUUCGAUGUUUUCAGUCCGGAGUUGCUUCGAUCAGACUGGAGACUUCCGUGGAAGGCUUACUCGGCCUAUCGGCGGAAGUCUUUAGAGUGA